AGCUUUACUGGCUGUAUAGGUAUCAGACAAACCAACAAAUCUACGUUUAAUUUCGCGUUUAACGCAAGCAUAAUAGUAGCUGGUUAUAUUUUGUAGAAGAAGCUUUUCCCCGAAAGGUUAAAUACAUUCAAGAUAGCAUUUCUGAACAGUUUGCGAGAUGACGACUUCGUGGAGCGACCGGUUGCAGAACUAUGCGGACCUUCCCGCCAACAUGGACGGCCUGGCGAUGAAGAAGUACCGGCGGGAGGCCUACCACAGCUUUCCACGGGAUCUGGUCCACUGUCAUCCAGCCAUGAGAGUGUUUGUAAACAGAAGCUUGGCGAUGGAGAAGAUUAAGUGCUUUGGCUUUGAUAUGGAUUACACUUUAGCAGUGUACAAAUCCCCAGAGUACGAGUCCCUGGGGUUUGACCUGACGGUGGAGAGGCUCGUUUCCAUCGGCUACCCCCAGGAGCUUCUCAACUUCGUCUAUGACCCGUCCUUCCCCACCAGGGGCCUUGUGUUUGACACGACGUACGGCAACCUGUUGAAGGUGGACGCCUAUGGGAACAUCCUGGUUUGUGCUCAUGGGUUUAAUUUCCUGCGUGGGCCUGAAACUCGGGAGCUGUAUCCCAACAAGUUCAUCCAGCGGGGGGACACGGAGCGUUUCUACAUCCUGAACACGCUCUUCAACCUUCCUGAAACCUACCUGUUUGCAUGCCUGGUUGACUUCUUCACCAACUGUUCCAGGUACUCCAGCUGUGAGUCGGGCUUUAAGGAUGGAGACCUGUUCAUGUCCUUCAAGAGCAUGUUCCAGGAUGUCCGAGACGCCGUCGACUGGGUCCACUUCAAGGGCUCUUUAAAAGAAAAAACGGUUGAAAACCUGGAGAAGUAUGUGGUGAAAGAUGCGAAACUGCCUCUCCUGCUGAGCCGGAUGCAUGAAGUAGCCAAGGUGUUCCUGGCCACCAACAGCGACUACAAGUACACUGAUAAAAUUAUGACGUACCUGUUUGACUUCCCCCAUGGUCCAAAGAUGGGCGCUGCUCACCGACCGUGGCAGUCCUAUUUUGACCUGAUCUUGGUGGACGCGCGGAAGCCCCUGUUUUUUGGAGAGGGUACAGUGCUGAGACAGGUGGACACAGCGACUGGGCGGCUGAAAAUUGGGACCUAUACAGGACCCCUUCAGCAUGGCAUUGUUUACUCUGGAGGUUCCUCAGACAUCGUGUGCGACCUGCUGGGGGCCAAGGGGAAGGACAUUGUGUACAUCGGGGACCACAUCUUUGGAGACAUCCUCAAGUCCAAGAAGCGGCAGGGCUGGAGGACCUUCCUAGUGAUCCCAGAGCUGGCCCAGGAGCUGCACGUGUGGACGGACAAGAGCUCUCUGUUUGAGGAGCUGCAGAGUUUGGACAUCUUCCUAGCAGAGCUCUACAAACAUCUGGACAGCAGUAGUAAUGAGAGGCCUGACAUCAGCUCCAUACAGCGGAGAAUAAAGAAAGUGACGCACGACAUGGACAUGUGCUACGGCAUGAUGGGAAGCCUGUUCCGCAGCGGCUCGCGCCAGACGCUCUUCGCCUCGCAGGUGAUGCGCUACGCGGACCUGUACGCCGCGUCCUUCAUCAACCUGCUGUACUACCCCUUCAGCUACCUGUUCCGCGCCGCGCACGUGCUGAUGCCUCACGAGUCCACCGUGGAGCACGCCCACGUGGACAUAGAGCCCGAGUCGCCCAUGGCGACGCGUAACCGCCACGCCCUGGACUUCAGAGACUUCGAGCUCAAGCGGCACCAGCUGACCCGCUCCAUCAGCGAGAUCAAGCCCCCCCACCUCUUCCCCCAGACCCCCCAGGAGAUCACGCACUGCCACGACGAGGACGACGACGAGGAGGAAGAGGAGUGAACCCCCCCCCACACCCCCCCCCCCCCCCCGCCAAUGCCAAUCGCUGUUUCUUCUUCUUCUGCGGUUUUCUGAAGGGAUCUGUUACCGGUGGAUCAGCUGUACAGAGUGAGCGAUUGAGAGUGAGGCAUUAUUCAACAGUGUGUAUAAAGGACAGACUUUCUAUACGGAAAUAUUUUUUUAUUUUACUGUCGGUGUGUGUCUGAGUUCUUGCGGUUCAUGCAUUAUAAACCACCUCUGGUGGCCAAGACUCUCCUGCUACUCUCAUUUUACUUUUUGUUUUUAAGUGACGUGUUCUUUGUUUUCUGAUGUUCUUAGGGGGAAAUGAAUCGGGACAGCGAUACGAUUUUGGUUGUUUUGGUUCUGCGCUCCAGCCUUUGGAUUUAAAAUUAAACAAUGAAUAUGAGGUUGAAGUUCAGACUGUCGGCUUUAAUUACAUUUACAUCCAUAUUGGAGGAUCCAUGUAGGAAAUAGAUCCCUUUUUAUAUAGUUUUAUUUAUUUUAGGGGAGCAAAAGUAAUUAGACAAAUCAACAUAAUCUUAAAGUCAUCAGAUGACUGCCUGAAGUCUGUGACCCAUAGCCAUCAGCACACGCUGGGUAUUUUCCCUGGUGAUGCUCUGCCAGGCCUGUACUGCAGCCAUCUCCUGUUCAUGUAUUUCUGGGGUGUUUUCCCUUCGGUCUUGUGGUCAGCGAGUGAAACGCAUGUGAGACAGAAUCUCUAGGCCUUUUGUUAGCUUUCUUAUGCUUGGACUAAUGAUGCAAGGACACACAGCUGGCCUACAAACAGCUGAGCAGCCAAUUGUCCGAUUACUUUACUCCUCUAAAAUAGGGGCACUAAAAUGUAAAAUGGGGUGUAAUUCCUACAGGGAUCACCAGAUGUAGAUGUAAAGCACUCAUAUGAAAGCUGGCAGUUUCUAAUUCAGUGUGCUGAAAUACUGAGCCAAAACAACAAAACGUUGUCACAGUCCCAGUACUUCUGCAUGUAACUGUGUGUAUACACACACACACACACACAUAAUUGUGGAAAUUUAAAGACCAAACUCCAGUGGCUUGAACAGUUUAAGAGAAGGCUGUGUGCGUCCCUGCUAUGCUGCGUUUUCUCACACACACACA